GGUGUACAAAGGACAAUGCUAUCACAUCGAACCUGUUGCUAGGAAGGAAGAAAAUCAAUUUAUUGCUUACGUAGCUUAUCCCUUAGACCUUUUUGAAGAAGGUUCAGUUACUAACAUGUUUACUUCUAUUGUCGGUAAUGUAUUUCGGUUCAAGGCACUGCGUGCUCUACCUUUGCGAAUCCCAACCGCUUAUGUUAAAACUUUCCAAGGUCUGCCUCAUGGCAUCCAAGUUCAGAGAAAUAAAUUGAACAAGUAUGGUCGUCCCCUAUUAGGAUGUACUAUUAAACCUAAAUUGGGGUUAUCCGCUAAGAAUUAUGCUAGAGCUAUUUAUGAAUGUCUUCGUCGGGGACUUGAUUUUACCAAAAAUGAUGAAAAUGUGAAUUCCCCACCAUUUAUGCGUUGGAGAGACCGUUUCUUCUUUUGUGCUGAAGCGAUUUAUAAAUCACAGGCUGAAACAGGUGAAAUCAAAGGGCAUUACUUGAAUGCAACUGCAAUACACCCUUUGUACACCCUUUGUACAACCUUUCUACAAGCCUUGUACAACAUUUAUAAACCCUUUACAAACCCUUUGUACUAA